AGUAUCGAGUAGGGGCAGGAAGCGGGUAGGGUCCGCCUCGCGGGGCGAAGGGCACCGCGCUCCUCCCUCGCCACCGCCUUCUCCUCCUGUCUUCCUCUUCCCGCGGGAAACUCCGGGCUCGUGCAGUUUAAACCAGGCUCCUCCUCUUCCCGCCCCCCCUGCUAGGGAGCGGCCCAGCGGGCCCAUACCCCUGCGUUCGCGGUGAUGGCCCUAGACCCCGCAGAUCAGCAUCUUAGACAUGUUGAAAAAGAUGUUUUGAUUCCUAAAAUAAUGAGAGAAAAGGCCCGGGAGAGAUGUUCUGAACAGGUUCAAGAUUUUACCAAAUGUUGCAAGGACUCUGGAUUGCUUAUGGUAGUAAAAUGCCGGAAAGAAAAUUCUGCAUUGAAAGACUGUUUAACUUCUUACUAUAAAGAUCCAGCGUUUUAUGAAGAAUGCAAAAUCGAAUACCUGAAGGAAAGGGAAGAGUUCAGAAAAACUGGAAUUCCUACAAAGAAAAGGCUACAGAAGCUUCCAACAAGCAUGUAGGCAAAUAGUAAAAUACUCAGAACUCUAAUGCUGGUGGAAAUCACAGACACCGGAAAGGAUGGACUCAUGGAAGAGUGUUCACUUUACCCUAAAUUAUGAAAAUACUAAAUUUUAUUUGAAAUAAAGUUAAUUGUAAAGUUUUAUUAUUAAAUGGGAUGGGGUAAACUAUAAAAUGGUAUAUAAUUAUCGUAUGUAUUUUUCAUAAAAUUGUCUACAACUUUAGUUCUAUAGCAGUGGUUAUUUUGGGGAUUGGGGGGAUGUGAGGGAGCUUUGGGUCAUAUGUGGUAAUGCUUAGGGGAUAUUCCUGGCUCUCUGCUCAGGAGUGAUCCCUAACAGUGCAAGAGAACUUUGUGGUGCUGGGGUUUCCAGUUGGGACCAGUAUGAUGCAAGGCAGUUGCCUUAAAUCUCUAGCCUAGCAAUACUGAUUUUUAAGGUCUUCUUCCAUUACUUUCUUCCAGCAUAUGGACUAAUGGUUUAUCACGAGGGCCAGGAAAGCAGAAUGGGAAACCUUCAAAGGUAUUAGUAGUAAUUAGUUAUUAUAGCAGAAUAGUCUAUGAAUCAAAAUCAUUCCUAUAGGAAUUAAGAAUCAUUACUGUGAAGAUUCAGUAAGUAUUGCAGUAGGAUUUGUGGGACAGUGCUUCAGACAUGUUAACUGUUAAAUGGAUAUUACUAAGAGCAUGUUUAGAAUAUAGGACAUAAAUACUAUAAAUUUACUUCCAUCUUUGGUGGAUUAUUUCUUAAAAUGUCUUCUGUUCUUUGACCUAUUGGUUACUGAAAAUAUUUUAAUCAUUUUUAAAGUUAUUUUUGUAAGUAUAAAUUAACAUCUGUAACAUAGUUUCAGAUAUCCUAUCUCAGUAUAACAAUUUGAUUCUAGGUUGAGUUUUUAUAUAAGAAGUUGCUGUUUUUGUUUUGUGAACUGUUAGUAGCCUCACUGUAACCACUGUGUGUUUAAAUUACAUACAAGUAGAAUUUACUACCUCUACUAGGUAAGACCUCAUUCAGUACUGAUUCCAUGACAUAGAUUACUUAAGAACCCAAAGCAAAUAAAACCGUGACUAACCAAUGG